UCGUUAAGUAUAAACAAGAGAGAAUAAAAAAAGGGAAAAAGAUUCCAUAAUUGGUGAGGUGGAAGCAUCCUCUUUUGGUUCUGGGUACCUAUCUCCACCUCUUCACUCUUCUUCUCCUUCCCUUCCAUUCCAUUCCUUCUCUCUACAAAGCUUGCUUCUCUUCUCAAACCCCAUUACAACUCACAACUCCUUCAUCUCUCUCACUCACAUUCUCCCUCGGUCAAAGAAUGACGGAACCAGCUUCCAAACCCAACGGAAACGGCGCAAUUAACGGAACCGCCGCAGCCCCCGCGGUUAACGGCAACCAAGGCCCAGUCAAAUCCCAGCUCUACAACCCCAACCGCCAAGUCUAUCGCCCACAGUCGCACUACCACCGCCGGCACCGCUCCGGUCGCAGCAUCUGCUGCUGCUGCUGCUUCUGGACAAUCCUCAUCAUCCUCGCCGCCGCACUCCUCGCCGCAAUCGUAGGCGCCGCACUCUACGUUCUUUACCGGCCACACCAGCCGCAAUUCUCCAUCACCAACCUCCGCAUUGCGAGGAUGAACCUAACAACCUCCACUGACUCGCCGUCACACCUGACCACACUCUUCAACCUCACUCUCAUCGCAAAGAACCCUAACAACCACCUUGUGUUCUUCUACGAUCCGUUCACCGUGACGGCGCUGUCAGAUUCCGUUUUCAUUGGGAACGGGUCGCUAACAGCGUUUGAGUCCGACAAGAACAACCAGACGAGCUUGAGGGCGGUGGUGUCGGGGUCGCAGGAUCUGGACACGGAGUCGCUGAGCACGAUGAGAUCGGCGCUGAAGAAGAAGAAAGGGUUCCCGGUGGUGAUUCAGAUGGACACCAAGGUGAAGAUGAGAAUGGAGUGGCUCAAGAGCAAGAAGGUUGGCAUCAGAGUCACCUGCGAUGGGAUCAGGGGCACCGUCCCCGCCGGCAAGUCGCCGGCUGUUGCUUCCGUCAUCGACUCCCAGUGUAAGGUUGAUCUCAGAAUCAAGAUCUGGAAGUUCUCUUUUUAGUUUUCCUUCAAAUUUUUAUAAACGAAAAAAAACCAAGUGUUUAAUUUGAUUAGUUUCAUUAUUAUUGGUGAUUCGUUGUUAUGAGUAAUCAAUCC